UGUUGAGACAUACUUUACGGCUCCUGCAAGACAGCAAACGAUAGUGCAGACACUUGGGAUCCCCGUUAGCCGGUCGCUCCUCCAACGAUAACGAGACGUAAUAACUUACGACACCUCCUCCAUGUUACCUUGUCAUUUGCCAAUCUGGCCCAUCCAUCCCCUCUAAACAUACAGCCACAAACCACCAAAAUCAAUUCAGGAAAAGCCAAUCUUUUUUCGGUUUUCGAGGAUAAACAUUCUCUGCACUCUGUGGAAGCUCACAUGCCCAUAUAAAGAUUGCUAUCUUAAACGCCCUAUUUCAACACUCGGGAGUGAGAAGCUUGCAUACUUUAUAUAUAUAUACCCUUUUUCUCUCCUCCUCUCGGCUGUUUGCACUCUGUUGUUGGGUUUCCUGAUUUUUCUGUUCCUUUCUUCCCUGGUGUUAAUGGCGGAGAAAGAUACAGAGAGAGAAGCAGCAGCAGCAGAGUUUUUCUUUGAUGAUGAAGAUGCUGGUGAGGAUAGUAGUGGAGACUUGGAAGGGAAUAAGAUAAUUGAGAUUGGUGGUAGGAGCAGCAGUACCAGCAGCGACAGAGAAGCGGCUGAUAAUGGUGAUGAGUGUGGAACUUUCUCCUCUCAGCAAUGGCCGCAGAGUUUCAGGGAAACAGUGGAUUCUUACUCAAUCACAAUGUCUCCAAGCUUUGGGUUUCUUGGACGUGCACAAAGCAACCAUUAUUCAAGUCUUGAAAACUUAAGUAAGAGUUAUUUAGAACAGGAGGGAAAGUCUCCUUUAUUGUCUGAUCAAGAAAAUGGUUGGCAGAAGGAAGACUCGGGUAGGAUUUCAGCAGCACACUUGUCUUUCUCAAAAGGUUCCUUUGCCAGUGGCGAAUUACCCAUUGCCCAUGGAUGUAGUUUAACGCAAACUGUCUUCAAUUCGGUUAAUGUAAUGGUCGGAGUUGGUCUUCUUUCAACACCUUCUACUGUGAAAGAAGCAGGCUGGGCAAGUUUGGUAGUACUAGCUUGUUUUGCAUUUGUUUGUUGUUACACAGCUAACCUUAUGAGACAUUGCUUCGAAAGCAAAGAAGGCGUUGUGACCUACCCAGAUAUAGGGGAAGCUGCUUUUGGGAAAUAUGGACGUCUUGCUAUAUCUAUCAUUCUGUAUUUGGAGUUAUAUGCAUACUGUGUGGAAUUUAUCACUCUGGAGGGUGAUAACCUUACCAGGCUAUUUCCUGGAACGUCAUUGCAAUGGGCCGGCUUUCAUCUUGACUCGAUGCACUUCUUUGGAAUCUUAACUGCUCUUAUUGUUCUGCCAACUGUGUGGCUAAGGGAUCUUCGUGUCAUAUCAUACCUUUCAGCUGGUGGGGUUGUAGCAACAAUCAUGAUUGUUCUUUGUGUGCUUUUGCUUGGUACAGCAGGGGGUGUUGGGUUUCAUCAAACUAGUCCAGUGGUAAAGUGGAGUGGCAUUCCAUUUGCUAUUGGUGUGUAUGGAUUCUGUUAUUCUGGGCACUCAGUUUUUCCUAAUAUCUAUCAAUCAAUGGCAGAUAAAAGAAAAUUUACCAAGGCAACAAUAAUAUGCUUCAUCUUCUGCUUAAUGCUUUAUGGGGGCGUUGCAGUCAUGGGAUUUCUCAUGUUUGGUGAAGAUACGCUAUCUCAAAUAACAUUGAAUAUGCCACCACAUGCCGUUACUUCAAAAGUUGCCUUGUGGACUACAGUUAUCAACCCACUUACUAAGUAUGCUCUGUUGAUGAACCCAUUGGCCAGGAGCAUAGAGGAGCUACUGCCAGUUGGAGUAUCAAAUAGUUUUUGGUGCUUCGUUUUUCUAAGAACAGGAUUGGUCUUCUCAUCUGUUUGUGUGGCUUUUCUUCUUCCCUUUUUCGGUCUUGUGAUGGCUUUAAUUGGUUCUGUCCUCUGUCUGCUUGUGGCAGUAAUAAUGCCAUCAUUAUGUUUUUUAAAGAUCAAGGGAAAGAAAGCUACAAGGACACAGAUUAUAUUGAGCUCCACAAUAGCUGCUUUGGGCAUCAUCUGUGCAAUCCUUGGAGCAUACUCUUCAUUGUUGGAUAUUGUGAAGCAAUACUGAAGUAUCGGAUGGCUUAAUAUGAAAAGUUUCAUGAUAAAUUGGGAAAUUUUGAUUGUAUGAAUGUGGAAGCUCAUUACUCUGUUCUUAUAUGAAUUUAGGAGUUGCAAUCAGCAAAAUUCAUAUGGUAGCUCUAA